AUGGGUGAAAGCUACUAUUCAAUAAUUGCACCCGGUGUUAUUAAAUCCAAUCGGAAGUAUACGGUAAUGGUGUCGCUGCACGAUUCUUUGGAGCCGGCAAAAUUUAACAUCCGCAUAGAGGGACCCUACUACCAUAUGAGCAAUGAUGUCUAUUUGCAGCCGCAUGAAAGCAAGUUAAUUGUUUUUAUACCUCAAAAACUGGUUCAAGGUCCACAUAAACUAGUCGUCGAAGGGGUGAGUGGCCUGGUGUUCCGCAAUGAAAGUUUUCUAUUUGCUCAUCAUAAUGUUGGACCGAAGUUAUACAUACAAACCGAUAAGGCUGUAUACAAACCUGGUGAUGAGGUGCAAUUUCGUGUUAUGAUAUUAGAUGAACAUACAAGGCCAUUGCAGAUUCAAGAACCGAUACGGGUUGAGGUGAUGGAUGGUGCUAAAAAUCGUAUCAAACAAUUCAAGGAUAUAAAACUCGUAAAGGGCCUCUACACCAGUAAAUUCCAACUAUCCGAAUAUCCGGUUUUAGGUGAUUGGUAUAUACGGGUAUUUAUCAGCGGCAAAUACGAUUACAGUGAACAGAAGCGUAUACGUGUCCUGAAAUAUGUCCUCCCCAAGUUUAGUGUCUACAUUAAAACCCAAUUAUUUUUAACUCGCGAUAUGGAUCGCAUUAAGGCCUUAAUAUAUGGCCGAUACACCUUCGAUAAAUAUGUGGAGGGUAAUGUAACGGCUCGACUAAUCGAUAAUGUUCGCAAUAAAAUUCUACAGGAAAAACAGGUUGUGGUUAAGGAUACGGUCGGUGUUGAAUUCGAUCUCAGCGAUCCGGAUUUAUUGAAGUUGUAUGGCUUUAAGCUACAGGUUGAAUUGUCGGAAAAACAUACCGGUAUGACCAAGAGUGAAGAGGUUUUUAUGUCACUGCAUGAUGUGCCGUAUAAUAUUUAUGUAUCGAGCGAUACUAUACAGUUCGAAAAAGGUCGACCCUAUCGUUUGACAGCCACAGUGAAUUAUUGGAGUGGUGCACCGGUUUUGGAUAAGUCAAUGCCGGUCGUAAUGCAGCAUGGCGACAAGGAAUACAGUGCCUAUUUAAAUUCGAAGGGAGAGGCAAUAUUUGAUUUCGAUCAUGAUGAAAAUUCCAAUCAUUUAUUCCGCUUUGGGAAUGCCACCUUUAAAUUGUCCAAUAUUUUUGCCGAUGAUUCGUUUGGCAAUAAGACGGAAUCGUAUUUUACAUUGGGGCUGAAGGAUGAGAGCCUUCCUCGCCUGGGUAAACCCGUGGAACUUGUGGUAACAUCCACCGUGGAAAUACCCUAUCUGGUUUACACAAUUAUGGGUCACUCGAAUAUCAUCCAUGCUGAUCGCAUUACAGUGCCAGGGCGCCAAAAAUCCUAUACCAUAGAAAUAAUACCAUCUAUCGAAAUGGUACCCUAUGCCUAUGUGUAUGUUCAUUAUAUUCAGGACGGGGUUUUGCGUUAUGAGGAAAUUGAGCUGGAAUUUCCAUUGGAAUUUGAAAAUCAGGUUAGCGUCGAUGCUCCCAAACAAGUACAACCGGGUCAAGAAGUCACUCUCGAAUUGAAGGCGGAGCCCAAAUCUCUGGUCGGAAUAUUGGCUGUCGAUUUGGGUGUAUAUCUCUUGGAUCCUUCCUACGAUCUCAAACGUAUGGACAUAUUGCGUUCAUUAAUGAAUGAUGUCUCAUCUUUGCCAUUUCGGGCUUUGGUCUAUCCUGGCCUAUUAUCUGGGGUUAUUACCUUUACCAAUGCCCAUUAUGCAUUUGUCCCACUAAAUGCCCAUACUGCGGUCAGUCCCGCUGGGGUCAAUCCUCUAAAAUUCCGUCAAAAGUUUCCGGAAACAUGGAUUUUUCAGAAUUAUGAAAUCACUGACAAUAUAACCCAGAUAAAAUUGGAGAUACCCGAAACAAUCACCACCUGGCGGAUCACCGCAUUUUCGCUAAACGAAAAAACCGGUCUUGGUAUAGUGAAAGGACCCACCGAUAUAACCACAAUACAACCGUUUUUCAUUAGCCUCAAUUUACCCUAUUCCGUGAAACGGGGUGAAAUUGUGGCCAUACCAGUCCUCGUACACAACUACCUCGAACAAGAAGUUGAAUCGGAAAUUACUCUCUACAAUGAGGCUGGAGAAUUUUAUUUUAUGGAUACAAUCAUCUUCAAUCCCAAACGAGGUUCGGAAGACAUGAAACGGGCAAAGAGGCUUAAGGUUCCUGCAAAUAGUGUUGGCAGUGUGGCCUUCCUUAUCAACCCCAAACAAGUUGGAGAGGUGAGUUUGCGAGUGGCUGCCACAAAUUCUCUAGCCGAAGAUGGUGUAAUACAAAAACUUCGUGUGGAACCGGAGGGAAUGAUUAAGCGGCACACAAAGCCUUUAUAUAUCAGUGCCUCGCCUGGAGAGAAGACAAAGGCCACUUUCCACAUAAAUAUCCCCCGUGAUGUUGUACCCCAAUCGGAGUUCAUUACUCUCUCGGUGAGUGGCAAUAAUAUGGCUCCAACGCUCAAGAACCUCAAUGGGUUGGUUUUAAUGCCCACCGGUUGUGGAGAACAAAAUAUGGUAAAUUUUGCACCGAAUAUUUUGGUCCUACAAUAUUUGCGAGCGACUGGAAGAUAUUUCAAGGAAAAGGAACUGGUGGCCAAGGCUAGAAAUUUCAUUGAAGUAGGUUAUCAGCAACAGCUGUCAUAUCGUCAUUCGAAUGGAGGCUAUAGUGUAUUUGGUCAGGCGAAUGAUGAGGAGCCAAGUACAUGGCUCACCGCCUAUGUGGUGAGAUUUUUCAUUAAGGCUACGAGAUAUUUACCCAUGAUGGAGGCUCAUAUUGUCGAUUCGGGAUUGACAUAUUUGGCCAGUACCCAGCGUAGUGAUGGUAGUUUCCCCUAUACUGGUUAUCUAUUCAAUCCGGCUCAACAGAAUCGUUUUGGUGGUGCGGCAUUUAUUUUGAUGACAUUCUUGGAGGAUAAGAAAUUCGCCGAAAAAUAUAAAUCCACCAUUGAAAAUGGUAUGAAAUUUCUGAACGAUAACUUGGAGGGUAAUACGGAUAUUUAUGCCCUUUCCAUAAUCGCCGUGGCCAUGCAAAUGGCUCAACAUGCCAAUGCCACAAAAAUCCUCGAUAAACUUGAAGAACAAAAGCAAAGAUCCGAUGGUCGCAUAUGGUGGUCACAAAAUGAUCAUGAUCAUGCCAAAGAUGUUGAGAUCACUGCCUAUGUCCUGAUGGCCCUUUUGCUGGAAAAGCAGACCCGAAAUAUUCGAGAAGAGCAAGAAAUUUUCAAAUGGCUGGCGGAACAACGUAAUGAACGUGGUGGCUUUAAAUCGACACAUGAUACCGUUGUGGGUCUGCAAGCAUUGGCGGCCUAUUCGGAGAAAUAUAAUACCUUAAACUCGUUAAAUUUACGAGUAAAAUAUUCUGCAACUAAUUUCCGCAAACAAAAAUUGAAAUCUGGCGAAUUGCAGGUGGAUGGAAAUAAUGUGAUGAUUUUACAGACGGAAGAGUUUCCCAAAUACACCCGCUGCAUAGACGUAGAAGCCUCCGGUUCGGGUAAUGCCUUGCUGCAGUUGUAUUAUCAUUAUCACAUCAGUUCCGAAGAUGAUUUCCAACAUUUCCGCAUUAAUCCCAAGGCGAAAUUGGUAAAUCCGGAAGAAUUGAAUUUGGAAAUUUGUUUCAGUUAUCGUCAGGAUGCUAACUCCGUUGCAGGUGGCAAUUCGACCGGCACAAAUAUGAUAAUUAUGGAGACUAAUUUACCCUCCGGUUUUACAACCAAUGAAGACUACGGUAAUGAAUUGCUGGAUAAUGAGCUGGUCGAUCGUAUAGAAUUGCGAAAUUCCGACACUACUUUGGUUAUGUAUUUUGAAAAGCUAUCAGCAAAUAUUGAUAAUUGUUUUACGAUCAUGGCUGAUAAGCUUAACGAUGUCCUACAGCGUAAACCGGCAUCGGUGGCUGUGUAUGAUUAUUACAAUAUCAGUCGUCAUGAUACGGCAUUCUAUAGUAUUUGA